GGUCAACUUAUGAUAAAGAAAGACUGUUGAAUGACAUUAUUCUGCAAUAUCUGUUGUAGCACACACUUUCCUGCUACUUUACGAGUGUUGCACCUCGUCGUGGAACAAGUUGCUCUUUUCUUAACUAGGAAUUGCGCCCCAAAAGGCAAAUCCACUAUAGCUGUUGAUUAACGAUAAACCGAAUAACUUUUCGGCAUUUCGCUGUGGCCCUCGAAGGUUCCUUGACAGACCGUAGCUUCCCCCAUUCGUCGGUUUAGCAGGUCUUCAACGGCAAGCGCCACUGCAAUCCGCUUUAUCCCUUACUCCGUCUGGCAAACGUCUUUAAUUGCCCCGUUCUUCCCUCUCCACCAACUACCAUAUUCCGGCGCAGAAGUUUUAUCCAAACCAGAAUGAUGGGUUUCUCACUGGAGUCCAGGCUUGUUCUCUUGCUGCUGCUUCAUGCGGUGCUCUGUCUCCAUCGCCACAAUCCUGUCGCCGCAUCUGCUCUUGCUGCUCCAAGCUUCAUCCCGGAGAGCGAUCCCGCCCCUGAAGGGAAGUUACCCUUGUCGAUGGCGAUCAAGACUGGAGCGGUAUCCUCUGUAAACAGGCGUGGCGGUGGAGGUCAUGGCGGAGGAGGCCGCGGUGGGAGUGGGCGAGGCCGCGGCGGCGAGGAAGGAGGAGGACGAAGAGGUGGGGCCGGGACCAUGAUUCCACUAUACGCAGGGGGAGCGGCUGGCGCCGGAGCUCGUAGCCACGACAAUGGCGUGGCCCUGAAUCGCGGGAAGCCCAAUCCAAUACACAAUCUGGGUCUUGCUGUGAUGUUGGCUCUUCCCUUGCUGUUCAAUAACUUUGCAUAGAUGAUGCAACUGUGCAGUAGCUUUUCGUAGUGAGGACUUUGUGAAUUUUGUGACCAGUUGAUACUUGUAAUUCCAUAGUACAUGAAGAAGAGGACACACUAUUUUGAGGUCAAUAAACCCAAUAGGCCUAUGACAUGAUGGACUAAGGGUUCGUUUGGAAGUUGCGAUAGUUUUGUUGAGAUUGUCAUUAUGCAUGUAUUGUUUACAAUGCAUCGUUUUUUUAUUUUUUUAGCAGAAACAAUACAUGGAUUGUUUCUGUGAUAUGACAGA